AUGAUCAAUUCAUUCCCGCAUAAUGAUGUCAGAAAAAGAGCAGACGAUGUUGGUAAAUACACUCAAUGUCCUGGCACCUUUCCCAUUACUGUUAUCGAAGAUACAUACACUCCAGCAAUAAUGGUACCCGACCAAAACAUCACCGAACACAUUAUAUGGGAUAGCACCGUCGAAGUUUUGCCAACAACUAUCUUUACUUUGACUGUCACCGACCUUAAUGGCGCAUUGAAAUUUUCAUAUCAAGAGAAUUUCUGUACAAGUCCGCAUAAACCCCUUAAUAUAGAAUGUCCAAUUCCUGCAGGACACCUCGACUAUAAAGCUCGAUAUGCAAUCCCUAGUAGUCCUGACCAACCUAAGGCUCAAACUGUCGAGACUCUCGCAAAAAUAACUCUUACCAGCCUGGAUGGAACAAAUUUAAUGUGUAAAGAAGGCAAAACCUCUAUAGCAUUUCCUUAA